GUCAUAUUUUGUCAACAAGAUUUGCCUCGCCUAUCUUUUGGAAUUUAGUUAAAAAUUGAAAUUGUGUAAUAUUUAAUAUUUGAAUAACGUAUAGGUUGAUUAUAAUCUAAAUUGUCCUUCAUUGUUGUUAACGGGGGUGAAUUCCAAGAGGCAAAUAGUACUUCAUCAUCGUACACUUUAAGAAACAUGCAUAGGGGUCCUCAAGAUGAAUAAGUUAUAGAUAGAAAAUAUGUCGUCUUCGCAUAAUGCAGAUACUGUGUCUGUCUGUUCAGAGGCUUCAACUCUUCUGGACGGAAGUGUUAUUUCAACAGUGCCUGACCGUCAUGGAUUCUUAGGGGGCUUUCAGUACUCUCCUGAACCCCGCCAAGGACCUCCACCAGAAACGGUGCUCAGAAGAGAAAGAAAAUGGCUAAAGAUGUUGUCACAGUGGAAUUUUUAUAUGGAAAAGAAUUAUAGGAAGAUCAGGGAGAGGUGCAGAAAAGGUAUACCAAUGUCUGUGAGACCAAGAGCAUGGUUAUAUCUGUGUGGUGGAAAAUUGUUGAUGGACAAACAGGCUGACAAAUAUGAAGAAUGUCUCCAGGCAAUUGGAGACACUAAAUGUAUUGAUGAUAUCAAGAAAGACCUACAUCGUCAGUUCCCACUUCAUGAGAUGUUCAGUUCAGAGGAUAAACCUGGUCAACAGGAAUUAUUCAAUGUAUUGAAAGCUUACACAAUCCACUUUCCUGACAUUGGUUACUGUCAGGCACAGGCGCCUGUUGCAGCUUUUCUACUUAUGCACAUGCCUGCUAUUGAGGCUUUCUGGUGCCUUGUGUCAAUAUCCAACAAAUAUUUGGAAGAUUAUUAUUCACCCACAAUGGAUGUUGUACAGAGAGAUGGCUUGAUAUUGCAAGGAUUGUUGAAGAAAGUGUGCCCACCUGUUUAUAGACACUUGAAGAAAGUGAAUGCAGAACCUAUGUUCUAUUGUACCGAAUGGUUUUUAUGUGCAUUCACAAGAACCUUACCUUGGGAUACUCUGUUGAGGAUUUGGGAUAUUUUCCUUUGUGAAGGAGUUAAAGUACUUUUCAAAACUUCACUGGUUAUUCUUAUUGGUUGUUUGGGUACUGCCAAGAGUAGAAAACAGUGUCCAGGACUUUGUGAAACAUUAGCUAGAAUAAGAAAUCCACCUGAGGAUAUUCUUUCUGAAGAAAACCUCAUUUAUAAUGUCAAUAGAUUGGACCUUACGGAAAGGGAUUUUCAAGAGCAGCAUCAAAAGCAAACGAAAAAAAUGAAACUUGAGAGAGCUCAUAGAGAUGGUGCAACUCUGAGGUAGAAAUGGGGAGUUCAUAAUAUUUUCCGGCUGAUUUGACCAAAAACAAGACAGUAUUGAGAGUAUUCACUUCUAGAAGUAAGCACAUACUGGUCUGAUUGACUGGCACCUGAAUAUUGUAAAAACAAUGUUGUAAGUUGUACAUUUAAGAAUUAUUAUAUACAUUUUAUUAUAUUACUGGUUAUUAGGUUUGAGUGGUCACAUUUUUUUUGUAAAAUAAGAGUUGAAAUGAGAGCACUUUUAUUGUAUAUAAUAUAGUAUAAUAAACAAUUAGGUUGGGACCAAUUAUGAAUUGAAAUUUGUUUCAAAUGUUAUCUAUUCUAAUGUUAUAAUUAUAUAAAUUAUGCAUUUCUUUUUUAUGACGACGCAAUACACAAUAUGACUUAUUUGAAUGUUUCAUAACUGAAAACAUAUUUUCUACAUAUUAUCACUAUAUUCAUUUAAUUUUGAAAAAAUUUGUCAAAUGAGUCAAUUUUAUAAUAAUAUAAUCACUAUCAACUAAGAGAAGUCUCUCCACUUUUUUGUGAAUAGUUGAUGUUAUUCAAAAUCGCUGAGCUGUCAGAGAUGAGUGAAAUUCAAAUUAGGAUUGUAUAGACUGAGAUGUAUAGACCUUUAGAUGACAAAUGACUAUCAUUCUUUACAUCUAGUUGAAUCUAAUUACUGAACAGCUAGUAAUUUUUUCAUCAUAUAAGAUGAAAUUAAUACUUUUAACUUUUAAAGAGCCCACACCUACUUCACUUUCAAGUUUCAACAGAUAGAAAUUGGUCACUUUUAUCAGAUAAUAAUAAUAUUGAUUGUUCAUUGUUUGAAUAAAAUGGCCAUCGACCAUAGUCCUUCAGACAGUGAGAAUAUGUAAAUUUUUUCGUUUACUUUACAACUUGUCUAUUUGAACAAUAAGUAAUAAAACACAGAAAUUAAAAAGUGCAGUAACGAACGCCCAUUGGGUUUGAUGGUUGCAUGACAGAAAGUAAAUACUGUCAAUUUUGAAACGGAACAAUAAAAACACGUCUGAAUGAAAAGUCCUAAAUGAAAACCUAAUAGAUGAGAGGUAUAAUAAUUGUGCCUGUCAAUGGCGCUAGUUUAUUGAAAAAUGUCAAUAGUUCAUUUGUUUCCAUGGAAUAUUUGUCAAUAUGGACAAUUUUAGGUUGUCGCUAUUUUGAAAGACACACAUUCUUUAUCAGUCUCAAAAUCUAUCAAAAUGUAGUGCCAAUACAGUUCGAACCCCUGAAAAUAUCGAACGUGUUUGUCAAGCGAUAUCAAGAAGUCCUCGUCGAUCCCAGGGUGUUCCGUCGACCAAGGGGGCCAAUUGAUUUUUAAUUUUUUUUUAUUGACCGCAUUACAAACACCGAUAGGUAAUUACAGGUCAUGGUAGUAUACAUUAGAAAUUUACAACGGUACAACGACUAUACAACUAACUUGUAAGUAUGCAAGGCACAAACAGUCACAGACAGAGGAAGUGUGAGAUAGUUUCACACGUCAUAUUUUUUUAGGUCCUUUUUUUUCUAACAUAAAGGUAUCGUAAGAACCUCUUCUGCACUAUCUCGAUGUGGUCUACAUGUGAGUGUGCUGAAGACAUCCAGAUUUGUGCUGCAUAAUCUAGAUGUGGUCUCACUAACGUAUGAUAGAGCCUGAUUAUUGUUUCAAUUUUGAAAGAUUUACUAUUUCUCAUGAUAAAACCCGAAGAUUUAAAUGCCUUAUUGACUAUAUUGUUAUAAUGCGAACUGACCUUCAUAUAAGUUUGUUUUCCGUGUGAAGGUCAUAACGGAACACUUUUUUAUGUUAAUUGACAUUUUGUUAGCCUUAAACCAACUAUUGACAUUGUUUAUACCUGUCUGUAACGAAAUACAAUCCUGUAGGGUGGAUAUUGUUUUGAAGAAUUU